CCUCAGAGAUAAACAAAGAACAUUGUCAACAAGUAUCGUCGCGUCGACGUAUAUAUAAAGCUGAAUCAGACCAUUAUGACCGUUUGGUUCAAGAUGAGGCCAAUAAGGCAGGUACUGUUUGUUACUCUAGUGACAUCGUUUCUGAUCACAUCAGAUGCUGGCCUCCUUGCGAAGACUUCACUUGGCGCUGAUUUAGGUCUUAAACAAUCACUAAAUUUGGGUGGAUAUGGCGGUAGCAGUGGAGGAGGAGAAGGAGGAGGAGGAGGAGGAGCAGGAGGAGGAGACGAAAACAGUGGUGGUGAUGGAGGAGGUCACGGUGGAGGCAAAGGUGGUGGAGGAGGAGGAGGAAAAGGGAAUAUUGGAUUCGGCGGAGGUGGUGGUGGAGGAUUUGGUUCAGGAUAUGGUGGUAGUAAUGAAAUAAAAGGAGGAGGAAGUGGUUCUGCAGGAGGUGGUGGAUACGGAGGUGGGGGUGGAAAAGGAGGCGGAAAAGGAGGUGUCAAUGUAGGAAACAAAGGAGAAUUAGAGGUAUCGGCGGGAGGUAAUGUAGAUAGUAAUGUAGACGGAGGAGGUGAAAGUGGAGGGUACGCCAGUAGCAGCAGUGGUGGAAACGGAGAUGUUAGUGUAGAGGGAAAAGCAGAGGCAGGUGGUAAUGGAGAAGGUGAAGGGCGUGUGUAUGAAGGUGAAAAAGGAAGUAGCAAAGGUGGAGGAGGACAUGGUGGUAGUAAUGCAGGAGGAAAACUAAAAGGAGGUGGUAAAGGAAGCAAUAGUGGAGGGAACAAAGAUGAAGUAGGUGCAUCCUUUGAUGGUAGUAUAGAUGUAGAAGGGAAAAGUGGUGGACAUGGAGAAAGUGAAAUUGGUGGAUAUGGAGGCGGAGAAGGAAGUAACAAAGAAGGUAGUGGAGGACAUGGUGGCACUACUGCAGAAGGAAAAGUAGAAGGCGGUGGAAGUAAAUCUAAAGGGGGAGGUGGAUACGGGAAAGGGGGUGGUAAUGGAGGUACUAGCGGAGGGAGCAAAAUAGAUGUGGGUGCAUCCUUUGGUAGUAAUAUGAAUGCAGAUGCGGAAAGUGGUGGACAUGGAGAAGGUGAAAUUGGUGGGUAUGGAGGUGGAAAAGGAGGUAGCAAAGGAGGUAAAGGAAAUGGUGGUAGCAGUGCAGGAGGAAAAGUAAAAGGAGGUGGUUAUGGAGGGGGAGGUGGUUAUGGAGGGGGUGGUGGUGGUGGAUCCGGCAGUGGAGGUGGAAAAGGAGGAUAUGGUGGAAAAGGAGGAGGUGGUGGGAAAGGGGGAGGAAGAGGUGGUGGUGGAUUCGAAGGCGGAUUAGGAGCAAAUGGAGGGGGUUAUGGUGGUGGUAGUGGAGGUGGAUAUGGUGGUGGCGGAGGAGCCGGGAAUGUAAAGACAGGUGGAUCCGGAAAGGCAAAGACAGGAGGAUCCGGGAAUGCAAAGGCAGGAGGCGGUUUAGGUUUAGAUUUAGAUCUUGGGCUGGGCUCUAAAUUAAGUUUGGGUUAAGCAAAAUAUGAAUAUUACCCCAUAUUUAAAACAAGUAAAAUGCUGUUAACUAAGAUAAAAAUGUAUAAUGAUUAAUUAAUUAUUAAAUGUAAUUAUUGCAUUAAAUAUAUCUUGAUCUUGAAUGUGGAA